CCCAAUCUUUGUAUUGAGAAAGAGAAAAAGCAAAAGACAUCAAACACAACCAUGAUGAAGCGUGUCCUUUGUUUGUUAGCAUUCCUAUAUGCAGUUCAUGAGACACAUGCAGUUGAAUACAGCGUCACUAACAACGCACUGGCAACUCCAGGUGGUGUGGCUUUCCGUGAUAAAAUAGGAGCAGAAUACGCGAAGCAAACACUUGACUCAGCCACCAAAUUCAUAUGGAAUGUCUUCCAGCAAAACAACCCUGCCGACAGAAAAAACGUGCAGAAGGUGAGUUUAUUCGUCGAUGACAUGGAUGGGGUUGCAUAUACUAGCAACGAUCAGAUCCAUUUAAGUGCAAGAUAUGUUGGAAACUAUAACGGGGAUGUGAAAAGAGAGAUCACAGGGGUGCUUUAUCAUGAAAUGGUCCAUGUUUGGCAGUGGAAUGGGAACGGUGGUGCUCCUGGUGGGUUAAUUGAAGGUAUUGCAGACUACGUGAGGCUGAAGGCAAACUAUGCACCAAGUCACUGGGUAAAACCGGGACAAGGACAAAAAUGGGACCAAGGUUAUGAUGUUACCGCUCGUUUUUUGGACUAUUGUGAUAGUCUCAAAAGUGGGUUUGUGGCACAACUGAACAAGCUGAUGAGGAGUGGUUAUAGUGAUCAAUUCUUUGUUCAGUUACUGGGAAAGUCUGUUGAUCAGCUGUGGCGAGAUUACAAGGCCAAGUAUGGUAAUAUUGCCUAAGAGAGCUUUUUAGUUUAAAGAAUAAGCGACUACAGAUAUAUCGCAAUCUUUUCUGUCAGAUUGUAUCAACUCUUAAUGUUUGUUAUGUAUUACCAUUUACCAGUUAUUGUAUACUGGAAACUUUUAUGUCUGGCAAGAAAAUAAAACAAUUCCGACUUCAAAUAAAUGCAUUUCUCUUGCUUAGAGAAAACUUCA